UCACUGAGUUUGACGUCCCAUUGCCAACAUGGCGGCUGAUCUGGAUACAGAAGAAUCUUUAUUACAGGAGCUUCAGGUUGUGGAAUCCAUUUAUUUAGAUGAACUUGUGGUGUCUCACGGUGAGAGGUUAGUGCUCAGUAUCACUCUACACCCAGCGACUGGCCAUGAUGCCAACUCUCAGUAUGUCAGACUGACCCUGCAACUGUUGAUUCCUCCCCAGUAUCCUGCAGUUGCCCCAGAUAUCAGUGUGAGCAAUCCUCGUGGUCUGUGCGAUGAGCAGAUUGAUACUAUCUGCAGCACACUGCGCACACUCGCUGAACAAGGCCUGGGGACCCCGAUGCUGUAUGAGCUGAUUGAGACGGGAAAGGAGUUACUGACGGCCAGUAAUAUCCCUAAAGGUCACUGUGUCAUCUGUCUGUACGACUUCCAGGAGGGUGACUCUCUCACAAAGACACAGUGUUUUCAUCACUUUCAUUCAUACUGUCUGGGACGGUAUGUGGCACACAGUAAAGAGCAGAACCUCAUUGUCUUCUGCCCGGUUUGCAGAGAGACUUUGACCUGUGACUUCAGUAAACUGCAAGCGGCUUCUCCACCACUACAUUCUAUGGAAUUGUACAUCCCAGAUGGACGCAGACUGCAGGACGAGGAGAUUCUGCGCCAGAUUUAUGAGAGGCAGUUGGCAAACGGUGGCAUUAUUGACCUGGAGGCAGAAAAAAAUCGUUAUUUCAUCAGCAUCCAGGAGCCUUUUGUGCAAGAAGAGACAGCGGUGGUUGAGGCUCCUGACAUACAAGCACCAUCAGUUGACCUUCAGGCUACUGUACCGGAGCAGCAUUACAAAGGGGAACAAACAGAGGAUACGACUGUGUCAGAAUUCAGACUUUUAAGUGUAAGCAGUCCUCUCUACACUGACAAAUAUGAAGACGAAGAAAACCGCUCCAUCAUUGGGCCCAACCCUUCUUCUGACACUGCUUUCAUGGAAUGUAAAGAGAUUGUCAGAGAAGACAUUUCCCAAGGACUUCAUAAAGAGCCAGAGCAUGAACAUUGUGCAAAGUCAUUUGUGAAUAAGACCAACAGCAGGCGUUUUACCUAUCACAAAGCGAAGAAAGAGUUCAGCCAUAGGCACUAUAACUCUCACAGAGUAAAUAAUGGGACAGACCGUGGGCACCUUACCUCUCACAAGGUAAAUGAAAGAGACCACAAGCUCAUAACCUCUCACAUAGUGAAUAAGGAGACAGGUCGUGAGCACCUUACCUCUCACAAGGUGAAUGAAAGAGACCAUAAGCACUUUUCCUCUCACAGAGUGAAUAGUGAGACAGGCCAUGAGCACCUUACGUUUCGUGGAGUGAAAGAGACAGGCCGUGGGCACUAUAACUCUCACAGAGUGAAGAAUGAAACAGACCAUGAGCACCUUACUUCUCGUGGAGUGAAUAAGACAGGCAGUGGGCACUAUACCUCUCACAGAGUGAAUGAGACAAACCAUGAGCACCUUAUGUCUGGUGAAGUGAAAGGGACAGGCCGUGGGCACUAUACCUCUCACAGAGUGAAUGAGACAGACCAUGAGCACCUUAUGUCUGGUGAAGUGAAAGGGACAGGCCGUGGGCACUAUACCUCUCACAGAGUGAAUGAGACAGACCAUGAGCACCUUACGUCUUGUGGACUGAAAGAGAGAGGCCGUGGGCACUAUACCUCUCACAGAAGGAAUGAGACAGACAACGAGCACCUUAUGUCUGGUGAAGUGAAAGGGACAGGCCAUGGGCUCUAUACCUCUCACAGAGUGAAUGAGACAGACCAUGAGCACCUUAUGUCUGGUGGAGUGAAAGAGACAGACCGUGGGCACUAUACCUCUCAAAGAGUGAAUGAGACAGACCAUGAUUACCUUAUGUCUGGUGGAGUGAAAGAGACAGGCCGGGAGCACUAUACCUCUCACAGAGUGAAUGAGACAGACCAUGAGCACCUUACGUCUUGUGGACUGAAAGAGAAAGGCCGUGGGCACUAUACCUCUCACAGAAGGAAUGAGACAGACCAUGAGCACCUUAUGUCUGGUGAAGUGAAAGAGACAGGCCGUGGGCACUAUACCUCUCACAGAGUGAAUGAGACAGACCAUGAGCACCUUAUGUCUGGUGAAGUGAAAGAGACAGGCCGUGGACACUAUACCUCUCACAGAGUGAAUGAGACAGACCAUGAGCACCUUACCUCUCGUGGAGUGAAAGAGAGAGGCCGUGGGCACUAUGCCUCUCGUAAGAUACAUAACAAUACAGACAGUAGGCGUUACAUGUCUUACAAAGUGCAUAACAAGGCAGAAGGUGAGCAUGAUAUCUCUUACAAAGUUAAUGAGACAGGCCGUGGACAGUCUCACAGAAUACAUAACAAAACAGACCGCAUGUACUGUAACAAUAGGCAAACUUGUAAUGAGUCAGACAGAGUAGAUGGGGGUUGUGAAACACAGGGCAGAGGGUCCUCAAGAUACAGAGAAACUCAUAUUUACAGAGGUGUAAGACCCGUUUCCUUCAGGGGGAGAGAGCACUUUACUUCUGUGAAAAAUUCUAAUUAAUUGUUUAUAAUAUGCCAAAAUAGCACAAUAAAAUUAAUUUGCACUGUGUGCCAUAAAA